AUGGCAAAGCAGAGCUGUAGAAGAGUUUCCAGACGUCAAGAAAAAUCAAAUAUGCCUAAAGCACACAUAAGUCUUUGUUUCAUCAUCUUUUUAUGUGUUUCGUUUGAAAUUUUCAUGAGUGUAAACUCGCAGAGCCAGGGAGAUUGGUGUAUAGCGAACUCUAUUACGGAUAAUGAUAAAUUAAUAAAGAACAUAGACUUUGCAUGUUCUAAAAUCGAUUGUGGAAUUAUUAUGGAAGGAGGUUCAUGUUAUGAUCCUAAUACUCCUCUUAAUCACGCUUCGGUCGCUAUGAAUCUUUAUUAUCAAGCUCAAGGAAGACACCUACGGGAUUGCUAUUUCGAUGGCUCUGGUCUCAUUACCAUUAUUGAUCCUAGCUAUGGGUGUUGCAAAUUUCAGUAUCGUAAGUAAAAAUAUGCAAAACUUUGUAUUGGUUACAAAAUAAAAUGAAUAACAAAAAACUUUUCAUGUUUG